AUGCCCACCACGCAUAUUCGCCUAAAGGACAUAGCCAAGUUUUCUGGCAAACACAAGGGGUUUGGCCAGCGCGUGCGACGGCCGACGGAGAGAUUCCAGAAGAUAGAGGCAGGAAAUGGACUGUCGGCCGCGGCCAAGAAUCCGAGACAGGAGGAUGUUGUCAACAACGCGAAUGAAGCCUUAGGGUCAGAUGCUGGGACAACAAGUAGACCGUCUCCGGACGCCCGGCAAUCUCCGUUUCCUGUACAACCGUCAAAAUCCCAGAUGCUCAGUGAAGGUAUGCUCCUCGAUGCGCGAGGCAAGCCUAUAAUCUCGCCCAUUCUCGCUCGGGAUGCUUGCAAAUGUGCAGACUGCAUCGACCCAUCCGACAGACAACGCAAUUUCUCCUACGCAAAUAUACCAACCGACAUCAGCUUCUCCUCGGUAUCUCGCAACCCAAAAACUGGGGAGUCACUGGUUCGCUGGCGCAACGAUAUCCCACCUCAUUCUCCGGGCAAAGCAUCCAUAUUCGAUCCCGACACCGUCGCGUCCCUGGAAAAGACGUUCCGCAAUCCACUGUGGAGCUUGUAUAACGUGCCUCAGAGACUGUGGGACUCUGAGUCCUUCACUCGCGAGACCAACCGAAUCGACUUCAACGAGUACCAGAACGAUGACGAUGCACUGGCUGACACGAUGUAUCUCCUAUGGCGAGAUGGCCUUGUGUUCGUCGACGGCGUCCCCGAGUCGGAUGCAUCCGUCUCCCAGAUUGUCACCCGCAUCGGGCCGCUCAUGAACACUUUCUAUGGGACUACAUGGGAUGUCAAGUCAGUACCGGACGCCAAAAAUGUGGCCUAUACCGCCAAGUAUCUCGGAUUCCACAUGGACUUGCUCUAUAUGCGCGAACCCCCCGCCUUCCAAUUCCUCCACUGUAUACACAACGAGAGCGUGGGCGGCGAAUCUAGAUUUGCAGACACGUUCAAGGCUGUCGACCUCCUCUAUGCCCGCGAUCCCGCAAAAGUGGUUGCCCUCAUGGAUCAGCACAUCCGCUACGAGUAUGACAACGAUGGUUAUUUCUAUUCAGACUCCAAACCUACGAUCUUGCGGCUUUCCGAACUCAACGUACCCAAGCGGCCAACCCACAACGCUCAAUCCCCGGCUUUAAUGUCCGACGUCGGUCGUGUUCAUUGGUCACCUCCCUUCGUGGGCGAUCUGCAGCAGACGCAGCACGACGAACUCGUUCGCCUGGUUUCCGCAAGCAAGGCGUUUUCCGACAUCCUCGAACGGCCAGACAUGGUUGUCCAGGAGAAAAUGGACAGCGGAACUUGCGUCAUCUUCGACAAUUUACGGGUGGUACAUGCCAGGAAUGCCUUCGACCUGAACUCGGGCAGGAGGUGGUUGAAAGGUGCCUACCUUGGCAGACAGGACUUUGUGAGCAGGGCAUCGGGUCUGCUUGGCCGGUUUCCCGUCGAGAUAGCGUUCAAAGAGACGCAACCUGGUGACUGGCCCCUACGUUGA